AUGACUUCCAAGAACACCGCGUACAAUACCAAGGCCACCUACGAGGAUGAGUCUCAUCAGAUCAUCUCGUCGUACUUCAUUGGUCCCCAAGCCGAGAACCUUCCAUACUUCAAGAAGAACAUCAACAUCAUAUUAGAUGAACUUGAGAGUGCGCGAAAGAGUUACUACCCUGAAGAUGGAAAUUUCAUCGAUGGGCAAACACAGAACACGCCUGCUUUCCGCAAUUCCAUGGACAAGCUCCAGAAUGCCGUUCGGAAGGCCUCCAACAUCUUGGGCAAGUCAAGCAUACCGUUCUGGUCCCCUCGUUAUGAAGCUCACAUGUGCACUGACCUGACCAUGCCUUCUAUGCUGGGUUACUUCAUGACGAUGCUCUACAAUCCAAACAACGUCGCGUUCGAAGCCAGUCCACUGUCAACCUUGGCAGAGAUAGAAGUAGGCGAGCAGCUGUGCGACCUCUUUGGUUACAACAUUAAGGAGGACAACGCCGAAGCGCCUACCUCCUGGGGCCAUGUGACUUCUCGCAACCUGAAGUUCUAUCCACUAUCGCUUCGCAAGGCCUUUGGGAAUGGCGAGGCACUCAACUUCCUGUCGGAGGCUUUCAAAGUUGAGACUUGCAAGGGCGAAACCAAGUUAUUCACUGAUCUAUCAACUUGGGAUUUGCUCAACUUGAAGCCAUCUGACAUUCUUGAUCUACCUGAUCGACUCUAUCAGGAGCAUGGCGUGUCCAAUGCAUUCCUUUCAGACGUGAUGAAGAAGUUCACCAUCCAGUCCACUGGCAAAGAUGAGCUGGAGCGAGAGUUUGGGCUUGAUCUACCAGGCCAAUACAUGUUGUCGAACACCAGGCACUACUCUUGGCCCAAGGGUGCUGGUAAGGAUACUCCCCUCUCCUUCAGGCGGCUGAAAGCUUACUUUACUCCUCCAGAGGGUGCCGUGGACUCUCUAAGCGGUGUUCUAGCCCUGCGCAAGCAAUUCCAAGCCAAGGGGUUGUCUUUCGUUGUUCAUGCCGACGCCGCCUGGGGUGGAUAUUUCUGCUCCAUGUUGCCAAAGGACUAUCGACCUGGAGAUGUCAUGAAUCUCCCCACUGACAUGGGUGCGGCCGAUGGCUUUGUGCCGGAUGCGACACUUCGCGCCCAGACUCAGGAUGAUUUGUUCGCCAUGCGCUUUGCCGACUCCAUUACUGUCGAUCCCCAUAAAGCAGGCUAUAUCCCUUACCCUGCUGGCGGCCUUUGCUACCGUGACAAUCGUAUGCGAUUCUUGGUCACCUGGACAAGUCCUUAUUUGUCGCGAGGCUCGGUCACCAGCAUUGGCAUCUACGGUGUUGAAGGAAGCCCUUUCGUCUGCGUGCCUUUCAACAUGCUCCCAUCUGAACUUGAGUCGAACCCAACCGAAGAGAAGAUCGAGGCCGAAAAGAAACGUAUUCGGGACGAGAUUGUCAAAAAGACGAACGCUUCCAUUAUUGCCGAAGACGAAGCAAGACCGGAUGACCAAAAGGUCAUGAAACUCCUGAGAAGUCUGGGCUCAGAUCUCAACAUCAACGCCUUCGCGCUGAACUUCCGUUACGAAGACGGACGAUUGAACGAUGAUAUUGAAGAAGCCAACUACCUCAUGCAGAGAGUCAUUGAGGCCCUUUCAGUUGACAGUCCGGACGACGAUCCCACCAAGAUUCCACUCUUCUUGACCUCCACCGAAUUCUCAGAUGAACUGUACGGAGAGUGCAAGGCAAAUUACGUCAAGAGACUCGGCCUAGAGCAGAGUUCACUAGACUUGAUGGUGUUGCGGAACGUCGUCAUGUCCCCAUUCCCUACUGACGGGAACUUCACAAAUCAGCUCGCUGACAUCUUCUACGAUGUCGUCGCGAAGGAGACUGAGAUCGUCCGCAAGCGCAACACGCCGGCGCCGGACUUCCACAGCUUCCUCAUUCAGGGCACAGAGGAGAUAUACCUGAUCCAUCUACCCAUGUUCCAUGUAGCGAACCACCGACAGCAACUGAUUGUUAAUGCGAGCUUUGAUGAGAAGUCGAAGGCCAAGUACAUUGCUCUGAAGAAGUCGAACCCCACCGAGCCGAUGCUGCUUGUGACUCAACGCAAGGUUAUGGCCAAGGAUGUCAUCGAGCAGAAGGGGCACUUCGAUGGUCAGAUCAUGACAAAAGAGUCCGGCAUCAUCCUCCAAGAUGUUUGUGUUCAGUUGGGGAAGACCAUCGUUAGCCGCCCAUUGAACUCCAAGUAUCGCCUAGACAAGUACCCAGACACUUUCAUGCCAUUUUACCUCUACGGAACUCCAAACGAAGCAAACAUUGAUCACGUCAUUACUCGCGCGCCGAACACGCAACUAUCCGCGGGACGCUGUAAGCUCAACUUCUACAAAAAGGUGGACGACUCAAUCUGGAAGAAACCCUUAGUCCUUCUAAUUGAGGACGUUCGCGAGGCGCCCAUGCAGCCAUUCCCAUCGAACAUUGAGAUCGGUAGCAAGAAUGCUGCCAUCAUUCCCCAAGACGAUUUCUAUCGUGAGAACACUGCCAAAGAAAGUGAAAAGAACCCCGAGUCUCAGAAUGACAAGAACACUUCCUCUAAAGAAGGCUUCAAGAUUGGUGUCCCUGGCAUGUCUUUCUCAGUGUCAACCAAGGACAACAGUUCCCAGCCCAAAGGGUACGGUGCCCCUGGAUAUGGUUCUCAAGGUUAUGGUUCCCAAGGUUAUGGCUCUCAGGGCUAUGGCUCUCAGGGCUAUGGUUCUCACGGCCACGGAUCUCAGAGUUACGGAUCCCAAGGUUACGGAUCUCAAGGGCACGGUUCCGCAAAGGAUGCCGACUGCCGCGAUUGUGGUAACGGUAAUGGGAGCAACAACAGUGGCGGGAAGGUAACCUCCAGCAACAGCAAGUCAGGUGGCGGCAACGAAAACAGUGUUCCCAAAGUUCACAAAGAGGAUGAGUCCAACAAGCCUCACACUUCGGUAACAAUUGUCAACAGUGGAACGCGGAGUGGCGCUGCCAAGGGGUCCAACUUUUUCUUCCGGCCGGGUGCAACUUUCAAGGUUGGAGUUUGGGAAGAUGGUGACCGUUCUAAUGCUAGUUCCAAUUACGCGAGCUUUGAGUUGGGCAAGUUCGUUGGGCGAGGCGAACUCACUCUUUGGGAGAGUGUAUACGUGGAUAGUGAGGCUAUGAACCUCGACCCCUUCAAGAAGGUUGAGAAGGUCGCUGAGUGGCGUCACGAGUUUGACAAGAUUGGAAAGGAGUUGGACUAA